CGCUCAACUUCGAAUCAUUUGGCUCAGACCUGCAUUAAACCGAAACCAUGGCGUCGAUGGCGUCAGUACUCCGUCGAAGGCUCAACGUCAAUCCCUUCCUCGUCCAAGUAAGACUCCUCUCCGUUGAAUCUCCUUCUCGUAUAAAUGAAACGACACAGCGCAUAGAGAAAAUAUUGGUUGCGAACCGAGGUGAAAUUGCUUGUAGGAUCAUGAGGACUGCGAAGCGGCUAGGUAUUCGAACCGUAGCCGUUUACAGUGACGCUGACAGAAACUCUCUUCAUGUUAAAUCAGCUGACGAGGCUGUUCAUAUAGGUCCACCUCCGGCAAGGUUGAGUUAUUUGAAUGGUUCGUCAAUUGUUGAGGCUGCCAUUCGUACUGGUGCUCAGGCUAUCCACCCAGGAUAUGGUUUCUUAUCAGAGAGUGCAGACUUUGCCAAACUUUGUGAAGAUAUGGGUCUUACAUUUAUUGGCCCUCCAGCCUCAGCGAUUCGGGACAUGGGAGAUAAAAGUGCAUCCAAGAGGAUAAUGGGUGCCGCAGGGGUGCCACUUGUCCCGGGAUAUCAUGGUAGUGAGCAAGAUAUUGAACUCAUGAAGUCAGAAGCAGAUAAAAUUGGAUACCCUAUCUUGAUAAAGCCAACCCAUGGAGGUGGGGGAAAGGGUAUGAGGAUUGUGCAAAGUCCAAAUCAAUUCAUUGAAUCUUUCUUGGGAGCACAACGUGAGGCUGCUGCUUCUUUUGGUGUAAAUACAAUUUUGCUAGAGAAAUACAUCACACAGCCAAGACAUAUAGAAGUCCAGAUAUUUGGAGACAAAUAUGGAAAUGUACUACAUUUAUAUGAAAGGGAUUGCAGCAUACAGAGAAGACAUCAGAAGAUAAUUGAAGAAGCUCCAGCUCCAAAUGUUACGAAUGACUUCCGCUCCCACUUGGGUCAGGCUGCAGUAUCUGCAGCCAAGGCUGUUGGUUACCACAAUGCUGGGACUGUGGAGUUUAUAGUUGACAAGGGCUCUGGCCAAUUUUAUUUUAUGGAGAUGAACACGCGCCUUCAGGUUGAGCAUCCUGUGACAGAGAUGAUCGUCGGUCAAGAUCUUGUAGAAUGGCAAAUUCGUGUUGCAAAUGGAGAGCCACUUCCUCUCAGUCAGUCACAGGUGCCAUUGUUGGGUCAUGCAUUUGAAACUCGAAUAUAUGCUGAAAAUGUUCCUAAAGGAUUUCUUCCUGCUACUGGAUUUCUUCAUCAUUAUCGCCCCGUUGCAGUCUCGUCAGCAGUUCGGGUUGAGACUGGAGUUGAAGAGGGGGACACUGUUAGCAUGCACUAUGAUCCUAUGAUCGCAAAGCUUGUAGUCUGGGGAGAAAACCGUGCUGCAGCAUUAAUCAAACUGAAGGAUUGCUUAUCAAAAUUUCAGGUCGCAGGAGUGCCAACUAAUAUCAAUUUUCUCCAAAAACUUGCUAACCAUAGAUCUUUUGAAGAUGGCAAUGUGGAAACCCACUUUAUUGAGAACCAUAAAGAUGAUCUCUUUAUUGAUCCUAAUAAUUCAUUGUUAGCCAAGGAGGCAUAUAGUAGUGGCAGAUUCAGCGCAACUUUGGUAGCUGCAUGUCUUUGUGAAAAGGAAUGCUCUGUUUUGAAGGGAAGUCCUCCUGGGGGCAGCAGCUUACACCCCAUAUGGUAUUCUCAUCCUCCUUUCAGAGUCCAUCAUCUUGCUAGGCGUACUAUGGUAUUUGAGUGGGACAAUGAAUAUGAUGGCAGUGGCUCAAAUGAUUUGACAGUGACACUUUCCAUCACUUACAAGCCAGAUGGGAAGUAUCUGAUUGAGCUUGGAGAAAUUGGUUCCCCAGGCUUAGAAGUCAAGGCAAUGCACAUUCAUGACCAUGAUUUCAGGGUUGAGGCUGAUGGUUUAAGCAUGAAUGUUAGUUUGGCCACUUAUUCAAAGGAUGAGACAAAGCACAUUCAUAUAUGGCAUGCGUCACACCAUCAUCAUUUUAGACAAAAAUUGGGACUUGAUUUAUGUGAUGAUGAUGAAACCCAAUACAAGACCCGUUUUGAGACUGCAUCUCACCCUCCAGGAACUGUGGUGGCUCCCAUGGCUGGUUUAGUGGUUAAGGUUGUUGUGAAGGAUGGAUCAAAAGUGGAGGAAGGGCAACCUAUAUUGGUGUUAGAAGCAAUGAAGAUGGAGCACGUUGUAAAGGCGCCAUUUGCGGGCUAUGUUCAUGGGCUUCAAGUGACAGCUGGCCAGCAAGUUUCUGAUAGCAGUCUUCUCUUCAUUAUUAAGGUUAGUUUAAAAACCGAGGAAUUCAAUACCCAUGAAGUAGAUGUUACUUCAAACGCCGGAGAGAAGAGCUUGAGUUCAAAGGUGAAGGAUGUGGGUAGUAUUAGCAAUAGAGAAACGUAUUUUAGAGCAGAUAAAAUUGAUUUCAAGAGCUGGGAUAUCCAACUAGAUAAGCACCUCAGUCGCGCUUGGUCGAGGGACAGGGAAGUGCAGACGAGAAGGGAGGAGUGGGAGAUUGAUUUGAGUAAACUGGAAAUAAGGCAUGUUAUUGCUCAGGGAACUUAUGGGACUGUGUAUAAAGGCAAUUAUGAUGGUCAAGAUGUUGCUGUGAAGGUAUUGAAUUGGGGGGAGGAUGGCAUUGCCACUGAUGCUGAAAUUGCUGCUGUUCGGUCAUCAUUUCGGCAAGAGGUUGGUGUUUGGCAUAAACUUGACCAUGCAAAUGUUACAAAGUUUAUUGGAGCUUCAAUGGGAACUUCAAAUCUUAAAAUUCCUCCCAAAAAUCCUAUGAAUGGAAGUUAUGAUUCUCAUCCUUCCACAGAGUGCUGCGUUGUUCUCGAGUACCUUCCGGGUGGGACGUUAAAGAAAUUUUUAAUCAGAAAUAGGAGAAAGAAACUUGCCUUUAAGGUUGUGAUUCAACUUGCUUUGGACCUUUCGAGAGGUUUGAGCUAUCUACAUUCUAAAAAGAUUGUACAUCGGGAUGUUAAGACAGAAAAUAUGUUGUUAGAUGCUCAUAGAACUUUGAAGAUAGCUGAUUUUGGUGUUGCUCGAGUUGAAGCUCAGAACCCAAGGGACAUGACUGGGGAAACUGGUACUCUUGGAUACAUGGCCCCAGAGGUUCUUGAUGGUAAGCCUUACAAUCGGAAAUGUGAUGUUUACAGCUUUGGUAUAUGCUUAUGGGAAAUUUAUUGCUGUGACAUGCCUUAUCCCGAUCUUAGCUUUGCUGAAGUUUCAUCUCAAGUUGUUCGACAGAAUUUGCGUCCAGAAAUCCCUCGAUGUUGCCCAAAUUCACUUGCAAGUAUCAUGAGAAAAUGUUGGGAUGCAAAUCCAGACAAACGUCCAGAGAUGGACGAGGUAGUGAGGCUACUAGAAGCAACAGACACGAGCAAAGGAGGUGGCAUGAUUCCUGAAGAUCAAUCCACUGGCUGUUUCUGUUUUACUUCAGUUCGUGGACCAUGACUUCUUUUGACCUUCCAUUCCUGAUAUACACUUAUGGAGUACUGAAGCAGUUCAUUGCCAGCUGCAGCUGGUCUUUGAAUAGCUAACUAAAGACUCCAUCUUUCCGUAGCUCAGGAUCACAGAAUUGGGAUGGCUGAAGUAUUCUGGUCCUAGUCAAGUUCUUGAAAGUUUAAGAUUUGGUUGUUGCAAUUAUUAUUGCUGCACAGAAUUCUGGAAUUGGAAGAUUGAAAUUCCAUAAUUAUUAUUGUAAAACAUUCCUCAAGAUGAUUUCAAACUUUCGAUUCAGAUAA